CUACAGCUGGGAGAGUUUCAGUGGACUAUAGUCUCUCCUAGGACGCGCGCCUACAGAGCGCACACCGGCUUGUUCUUUUUAUCGAGAAUUUCCUUCGCGCACUCCAACACAAACGAAUCCAACCGUGGACUUUCCUUUCUUUGUGGAGGGCUGCUAUCCACGAUGAGCGCCGGACAGACUUAUGACAAGAAGAUUGCGAGUAUUUUGACCGACCUUCCCGGAUCUAUGAGUUGCCACCCGAACUCCAAGGACUCUCCUACUCUCCCCGAGUCUUCCGUGACGGACAUGGGGUACUACAGUGGACAGACGGCCCACGGCCAUCACGAAUAUUAUCAGGGUCAAGCCUACGGGCAGCCCAUGAACACAUACCAUCACCAGUUUAAUCUGAACGGAAUGGGGGCUGCAGGAGCUUACCCCACCAAAUCUGAAUACCCCUACACAAAUAGCUACAGACAGUACGGACAUUACAACAGAGAUCAUCUGCAGGCCUCGCCUCCAAGCUCAGUGAAAGAAGAACCAGAGCCGGAGGUCCGGAUGGUGAACGGAAAGCCGAAGAAGAUCCGCAAGCCGAGGACGAUCUACUCCAGUUACCAGCUCGCUGCGCUGCAGAGGCGCUUCCAGAAGGCGCAGUACCUCGCUCUUCCCGAGAGAGCGGAGCUGGCGGCUCAGCUCGGCCUGACUCAGACACAGGUGAAAAUCUGGUUUCAGAACAGGAGGUCCAAAUUCAAGAAGCUGUACAAGAACGGCGAGGUUCCCCUGGAGCACAGUCCCAACGCCAGCGACUCCAUGGCCUGCAACUCCCCGCCCUCCCCUGCGGUCUGGGACAACAGCACCCCUCAGAGCACCCCGAUCAGCAGGCCUCAGGUCCCGCAGCCUACACACAGCUCCUCGCCGCCCUACCUGGAGGAUUAUAACAACCACUGGUACCAGCAGGGAUCACAUCUACAACACCCGGGCACCGUGCACCACCCAGUCCCGCAGCAAAGUGUGGGAGCUGUUUAUUGACAAUGACUCAAGGGUAGAAUUUUUUUCUUGCCUAAACGAGGCCUCUCCACAAUGACUCUGCAGAGCAAAAAGUUGACUGGACCGGGAGCAGGCUUGAGGUGAAACAAUGAUUUUGUUUCUGGAUGUUGAGCGCAAAACGUCCCUGAGACUCGGCCUGUACACAAGAAAGCACAUAAGGGAUUUGUAAUCACUUGUGGCAGUAUAUUUAAAGGACGUCUGGCGUGGUUUUUAAAUUAUUUGUAUUUCUUUAAAUUUCUUUUGUAAAUGAAUUAUGCAUUUUUUUAAACAAGUAGUUUAACCUGAAACAUGAUGACAAAACUGUGCAGUUGAUCCAUUCAAAUCAUGCAAAUGGGUUUGUAGAGGGCACGUCCAAAACUCAGGUCAUAUAUUUAUAUGGAUUUGUACAAAAACGUCGAAGGCUGUAAAUAUGUGUUUAUAUGCAGAACCACUAUGACAAUAUUUGUUUGAGACGGACAGACUGCACUGUGGUGCUUCCAAAAGUUUUUAUAUUCAUGUAAUUAAUACACUUGUUGCCUUCCUGUCA